CAUAAAUGAUUUAUAAGAGAUCACAAUGUCGUAUAUCGUUGAUGGAACUGAUUCGGACCUCAAUAGGCCACAAACAUUUACAUUUGAAAGGCACGCCAGUAAACUUCUAUGUGCUUUGAACAGCAUCAGAAAGAAGAGACAUUUCUGUGAUGGAUGUGUAUUCAUCGAUGGAAAAGAAAUACCUGUUCAAAAGGGAAUUUUGGCAGCAGCUAGUCAUUACUUCAGAUUGGUAUUUGAUAAAGCUAAUGAUUGCAGCAGCUAUAUUGGUGCACUGCCUGAUUCUACAAUGUCUGUGGCAGGUCUUAAUUCUGGAGUUGUGGAUUUGUCUCCUUUACAGAUCACAGCAGACACAUUUGAAAUAAUCUUGGAUUAUUUGUAUACAUCAGAAAUUGUUUUGGAUGAGGAAAAUAUACAGAACAUUCUCCAGGCUGCUGACCUUCUUUUAUUAACAGAUUUGAAACAGGCAUGUUGUGAAUAUCUUCUGAAAUGCAUAACACCACAAAAUUGUCUAGGAAUCUGGGAUUUUGCCUCAAGAUUCAACUGUUCUUGGGUCCAUUUAAAAGCUACACAGUUUCUUGAGAACAACUUCAGAAAUAUUAUCAACUAUGGAGAGUUUCUACAACUUCCCCAUGACAUGCUGACCACCCUUUUGUCUACUGACACACUCCAGGUCAGGACUGAGGGGGACAUCCUAAACAGCAUUAUACGAUGGAUGAAACAUGAUGAGGAGAACAGGAAAGGGCACCUGUCAGAUCUGAUUAAUAAAUGUCUCAGGGUUCAGCUCCUCAGUGAAGACGCUAUCCAAAGGUUAACAGAGAUAUAUCCAGAUAUACACAACCUUGGGAUUCACAAAAUGAUUCAGGACAAAUUACAAAGUCAGAAUGGGCAUACAGACCAACCAAGGGGGAUAAUCAAUGUGCUUGUGUGUGCUGGAGGAGAUUCCAGAGUUAUCCACAAUUAUGAGAAAGAGAGUGGAGUGAGGAGGGAUGUUUACUGUUUUUCUGCCACACCCACUGGUAACAAAUGGCUAGAGUUACCUCCCAUGAUGCAGAGUCGAAGUGCUCACAGUGUAGUUGAAGCAGGAGGGUGUCUAUAUGCUAUUGGGGGUAAGGAUAUAGAGGACAGAAUACUGGCCACAGGUGAAAAGUUUGACCCCAAGGUCAACCAGUGGACUCAAAUUAGUCUGAUGAACCAUGCAAGGUUUGGAUUUGGUCUGGUUGCCGUUGAAGAUAAUAUUUAUGCUAUUGGAGGCAGUAAUGAUAUUAGAGAACCCACCACUUCUAUGGAAGCAUACAACAUUUUUAGCCAUAAAUGGACACCUUUACCAGAAAUGAACCUGAGAAGGGUGUGGUCGGCCUAUGCAGUAGUGGGCAAGAAGAUCUAUGUUAUAGCUGGGGGAAUGAUUGGGAAGUUGUACGAGUCAGUAGAAUGUUUUGAUACUUGUACUAUGACCUGGUCAUCUGUCUGUCCAAUGAGGGAGAGGAGAUGUGAUGCUAGGGCUGUAGCUUGUAGGGAGAAUAUUUUUGUGUUUGGGGGUGUUAGGAGGUAUGAAUGUCCAAGUGCAAUGCAUGGAGGAAACAACAUCAAGUUCUGUGGGACAGAAAUUUACAACACCUGUCAAGACAGCUGGCAGCAGGUUCCCAGACAACAGGAGUUUCUAUGCACAAUGAAUGACUCCUCCCAAAUAUUUUCUGUGGUGAAAAACGGAGAUGAGAUCUGGGUCAUUGGGGACCUAGAAAUGGGUGGAAGGUUUGAAUGCAUCAGAGCUUUUAAUGUCUGUAGCAGGAUAUGGAGAACUGUUUCUGUGAGUGGUCCACCAAACCUACGUGGAUACCCAUGCUGUAUGUUACACAUACCUAAACAAGUCUUAAGAAAAUUACCUAAUUCUAAACCUCCAGUUCAGUGACAAAUGUCAGAAUUGUGUGGUACAAAUGUAUAUACUCCUCUUUGUAUGUAGAUGAUCAGUUUUAUGUAUGAGAUAAAUAUAUACUGUACAGCAUAUUUAAAUUUAUUUUUCAUUUCAAUUUUUUAAAUUUUUAUUAUUCUCCACCGAGGGAAAAACGGGAAAAUUGAUUUGUGUGCUUGUCUGUUUAUUUAUUAUUACUUGUGAUUAAUUUGGUUUCCAAUUGUUAUUUUUUAUACAUACAUGUAUCUAGAAAUCAAUAAAGCAGUGCUUGUUACAUGUAAAUUGCUUCUGGAAGAUAUUUUCAAAACCAAUGAAGUAUUUGAUCAUUGGUGGGAGAGAUAGAUCAACCCAAACUUGAAAGGAUAAUUUGCUUGCUAUGCAUCAUUACAAUUAAAUUCCUAUCUUAUAUUUACAUUAUUUUUCUGAGGAAUUACUAAAAAUUAUGUCAAUCAACUAUCAUUUUUGAAGCAAAACUGUUUGCACUAUAGUUUUGAUGUAAAGCAUGCCGGUAUUAUGAUGUCAGAAUGAAGAUAUUCAUGCUCCUGCAUCCAUGGUAGUUCAUCAGAAGAUGAACCAUUUUCUAAUUUGCAAAGGAUCUUUGGGAAAAUAUUUGAAAAUAUAAACAUUUCUAAUUAUUUAUUUGUUAGUAGUUUCGUAUGUUAUAGAUCAGAAUAAAAUACAGUUUCACUGCUUGUGCUUCUAAUGAUGUAUCAAAAACAUAGAUACAGGUAGUAUAAAAGAAUAUACAAAGAAGUUGAUUUCUAUUCUGUUCAGUUCUUAUCAGCUGUGCUGAUAUAUGUGGAAAUUUAAUUAAGAGCUUAAUUAUCAAUUAAUGCAAGAAGCUUAGUACAUACCAGGGUAUGUAAUCUGAAAUAAUGUGGACAAGAAAAGGAAAUAAAGACAUGUCUAAAAUGCA